AUGAAGUUCGACGCCAAGGAAGCAAAAGCUAUUGGUUUUGUAAAACUGCCUCGGCUGAUGUUGGGCGAUUAUGUUGAAGCUUUCAGACAUUCUCGAUCUUACAGCGGUAUUGUCGUAGAACAAAAGACGAUUAGCGGACAGUCACAGCAAGUCCAAGUUCUUCUGCGCAACGGAAAAAUCGGUCAAUUCCACAGCGACAUCGUUGCUUUUGCUGUUCCAGGCUUUGCCCAGUCGUCGUUCGCCACACGAUACCUGAAAGAGCCUCACGAGUUUGAUCCCACAGCAGCAAAAAUGACCACGAUACCUCCACAAUAUAUACGUGCUAUUAAAGAAUAUCAACAAUCGGUGCGUUACCAGUCGGCAAGCAUCUUGGGGCGAAUGCCGGCCUUGUAUUCGCAUUUCAUCGAAAAAGCUCCCGCUGACAGUGAACAAAUCGACGUGUCCAUUGAAGACUUGACGAAAUUUGCUUUCAACCUCCAAGACACGCCGUCCUCUUUACAGAUUCACGCCAUGUUUUCAAAUUUGGUCACGGACAAUGUACAUUUUAUGGCGUCGCUGAAUGUACGGGGAACUGGACGAUGGUUACUGCGACCGAAAAAUGAGGCUCAGAAUCUUCGGCAGAUCAUCGAGUGGAUCCGUCGCCGCGAUACGUCCUACAAUGAUUUCCUCGAUCGGAUAAAAAAGAUUGUCGAGUAUACUCACGCGCAUGCUGAUCCCAAGCUCGGUACCUUUUCAUCCGCGGCUCGAGACUUGGCCUAUGUUCAGGCGGACAAUCUUACGGAGACGGAUAGAAAAUUUGUCGAUUUCGUCGUGGAUUGGGUCAAAUCACCGCAAAUCGCCAUUGCUACACCUCACGAUAUUUUCGUGCCAACAAUUCUCAAAUCGUUAAAGGCUUACGAUGACACCUUUGUGGACCGAACCGUGGCUGUCCAGUUUCUUCGGGACAUUGGCAUGUUUAAGCCUUGGGACAACGUGAGCCUGGUCGAGAAUGCAGCCGUUGCAGGCGAGUUUUUGUAUACAAAACGAUCGAAGCAGAACGAACAAAAGAUGGAGAUGUACACGGAUAUUUUCUUGAAGAGAGGAAAUGAGGAACUGUCAGCGGCUGGUUUCUAUGCCGACGACCCGUGUGAGAGCAUUCGCAAGGAUUUCGGAGACAUGCCUGUAUAUACGAUCGAUGAUCCAUCAGCCAAAGAAAUUGACGACGGUAUUUCCAUUGAGAGAAUCCCGGGGGAAGAUAGUGCCUGGCUACACAUCCAUAUUGCUGAUCCAUCUGCGUAUAUACCACCUACCCACGAACUUGCGGAUCUGAUGCAGAAGCGUGUACAGACUCUCUACCUGCCCGAACGACAUUUGCCUAUUCUUCCAGAUACAUUGUCUUCGCAAAAAUUCAGCUUGGGGUUAGCUGCGCAAACAGCUCGUAACCGAAAAGAUUCUCAGUAUGCCAUGACAUUCAGUGCGAAAUUGGACAAGGAAGGUCAUCUAUCCGAGUGGAGAAUCACCCCAAGUAUUGUGAAGAACGUCAUCAAGUUGUACUAUGACGACGUCGAUAAGCUACUUCUCCCGCACGCUCACUCGUACAAAGAUCCCCUCGUUGAUUUGUCGAAAUCAUUUUGUCACCCCACCUCUAUUGUAUUUGAUCCCUCAGAAGACGAAUCGUCGUCGUCGACCUUGAAGAAGGAAUACGAGAAGGAUCUGCUGGACCUGUUCAACCUCAGCAAUCAACACGCGCGUGUCCGUCGAAGUAAUGGAGCCAUCAUGUUCAGUAAACCUAGCCCUGUCAUCAGUAUUCAUCCCAGUCCACUGGAUUUACCCAAUAUCCGUUUUUCAUCGCCCCAUUUUGCAACAAGUUUACCAACGAUUAAAGUGUCGCUGGACAAAAGUGCCUUUUCACCGGCACGCCAGAUGGUGGCGGAAAUGAUGAUCAUGGGCGGACGAGCGGCCAGUCAAUAUGCGGCGGAAAAUGGCGUUCCUAUUCCAUAUCGUGCACAAGUCUGGGAUUACGAAACCAACCCGGAAGCCGCAGCCAUUCGCCAAGAAAUGCUGGAUUAUCGGGAUCCGGCUACGGGCGUCAUCAAAUUUCAGCAAAUGUCAAAAUAUGUUGAAAACUUACCACCGGCAGGCAUCACGAUGACUCCCAGGUCGCCUCAUGCAGUCAUGGGAAUUCCUGAUGGAUACACCAAGGCCACUUCACCACUACGACGUUACCUGGAUAUCGUCGUUCAUUGGCAGUUGAAAGCGCAUCUUACCAAGCAGAAAACUCCAUUUACGGCGGAAGAGCUGGAAGUACUGGGUCCGAGGGUCGAAGCACGACAAAAACAAUUAGCGAUUUUGCAGCAACGUAGCACGCAGUACUGGGUGAUUGAAUUACUGCGUCGUCUGCAAGCUGAGAGCCACGGAGAGGAUAUGGAAUGGACCUACCUGGUCAAUUUCCCUGACGUACCGGUAUCCACUGGAUUGGGAAUGUUUGAACAAGUCGCGGUCGGUACAAUCUGUGAGCUGGGAGUCCGUGGCCGUAUCCAGCAGUCCAACCGAAAAUUCCAAGUGGGUGAUAUUCUCAAAGUUCGCAUUAAAAGUUUAGAUCCCCGUUCAACCUUUGUAGAUUUGGUUCCCAUUUAG